ACAUUAAAAAUAUAAAUUAAAUUUCUUAAGAAUUAAUCUGUGUUGACAUGAACAAUUACUACCGAUGCUAAAUAUUUUGUGAUUAUAAAAAAAACCAUAUUGAAAAAAGAACGAUGGUGCGGUAUGCUACCACGGUCCUGGUCUUGAUAGUGUUCGUGUGCCAAGUAUCAGUCCACGAGUUCAAAGCCAUCAAUUUUGGACAAUAUGUAGAAGAUUAUCUUGAGAAUGAGUAUAUUCAUCACAUCCGCUCUAUGAUCGAUGCAUACCGGGAAGAUAUCGGAGCGAGGCUAUUUGCAGAAACAAACCCGUCCAUAAAUACGAAGUAUCGCACAUGGAAACGCAAUGCAGACCUCAUUAAUUCCAUACUAGCUCUACCCAGAGACAUGAACGACGCAGGUCGCUAAUAUGAACAACCACUUCAAUGUACCGAAGAAAACUAUUCAUAUUUAUGUUUCAAAGUUAAUAAUCACACCUUUUUCAUAUUAAUUUCGUA